AUGAAAUUUCGUUGGGGUAAUUACGUGUUGCCUGCAAAUUCGACUCUUGUCAUAAAUAUCUAUGGUAUUCAUCAUAAUCCUUCUGUUUACGAAAAUCCCGAAAUAUUCGAUCCAGACCGGUUCCUACCUGAAAACUAUAAAAAUCUUCACCCUUAUGCAUUUCUGGCAUUUUCUGCCGGUCCACGAAAUUGUUUCGCAAGUAAAGGUGCAAUGAUUAAAAUGAAAACAAUUUUAGCAAAUGUUCUUCGAAAUUUUAAAAUUUACUCUUUGGACCCUCAAGAUAAGAUCGUUACUAGUUUUGAAAGUAUUUUGACCCCAAUAUUAGGUAUAAGAAUAUGUGUAGAAAAAAGAUGUAAGUUGUAAGAUAUGAAAUUUCGUUGGGGUAAUUUUUAUUACAAAUAUGUAUGAACAAAAGGCUAUAUCAUAUAAUCUAGACGAGUGCAUUUAAAAACUGUAUCGAAAUAAUU